UUAUUAUUCCCUCUCUUUCCAGCCAACAUACGUAUACGUCCGAGAAGACCCGAACGUCAACGACGUUGACGACGUCGACGUCGACGUUGACGUCGAGCAACGUCAAACCACGCAGCUUCGUGACGAACUUCGUUCCGCCAGGGAAGAUGCUCUACUUCUCUACACGGAAUAUUCAGCGAAGGUUGGAAAAGAUAUGAAGACUUUUAUUAAGGAGAUGGUGGAUUUAAAAGAAGAGACGAAGAAAGGGGUAGAAGAGACGCUGAGGAACGCUCCAGAAUAUUGUAGGUCAAAAUUCGACCCGAGUGUAGCAGAGGCGGUGCGUGAUGCACGCCGUGCUGCCACCUUCAGUGCGGAGAACCAUCACAAGUUCCUGCUAGGACACAUGGUUGUGUUCCGAAUGCAUCUUAAUAAGAGUGACGAUUAUAUCAAGAAAUGUGACAAGAUGUUUUUAGACUGCGGGACGGCAUGCGAGACGAUGCCACGCAUGAAGCGCUGGCGCAGUCUUGCCCAGCAAGAGAUCAACCGCGUCCGUGACGACAUCCUUCACUCGCGCCACGCAUACAAGGACCUGGUUGCGCACGCAACACGAAAACUCAACCACGUGCGUAAACACACACGUGCCAGGGCCGACAAAGCUGUUGAGGAGCUUGAAAAGUGUAUUCAAUCGUAAUAUGCGAAGAACCUUAACCUUUCAACCACCAAAGACGUCAACUGACGCGUGCUGUUGCAGCCUAAUAUCAACCUUAAUUCAUUCUGAUAAGGUUCACGAUGACGCGCACGAUAGACGUGGCGUUCAAGGGGUUAAAAAGGAUAAAGGUCGGCUGCAAAUGUUCUUGUGUCUGUGUUUAUUCUACAGAGCAUGAUUGCAAUUCGCAACAAGCGUCUUUCUUUCUUUUUGAUUCCUUCCUCUCAAGCUAUGCAUUCAAAGCCUUUUGAAGUCCAUAUCGACGCCAGUAAUUAUGGUAUAGGUGUCAUAUUAAUCUAAGUCGCGAACAAAAACUAUCACAGAUAAAGAUGAAAAAGACGAAGAAACACUUAAUGUGAUAGUUACUCUUGAGCGUCUAUAUAGAUUAGAUAGAUACGUGUAUCUUAUGUUAGUAUUUUUAAAACGAAUUUUCUAGUACAUUUCGCAACAACUGCAAGCAGGGUACAAAGCAAGUAAAUAAUCUGUGCACCUUUUUCUAAACUAGGAAUCAAAAUGUGCACAGUUUCCUAUAGAGUAAAGAUUAAUUCGAAUUAUACAUAUAGCUUCAUGUUACUUUUCUGGCUGACACAUUUCCCUCGCAAGGUCCGAGUCAUAUCUACACACGGGGCAGGAUGUUUUUCAGUGACUUCUAUUAUUAUAAUUAAAUAAGGGUGACAGCUGGUAACUACAGUUACCAAAAGCGGUUAAAUUAUGCCAAAAAAAUAUAGCCAUCGAAUUUACAAUACAAAUUACAAACUUCGAGCCUGUUUUUAAAUUAAAUGAUUGUCACUUGUCUUAAAAAUAUGUACAUUGGACCUUAAGUGGUUAAGGUGCCUAGCUGAAAAUACUAGUAACUAUGUAAAUAAAUAAAUAGUCUUUUUAUGUUAUUCACUACAUAAUUUUUUAAACCUAUAAAAAGUUUAUAAUAUUCAUUUAAGGAGGAAGUACACUUAUAUGUUUAAUAUAUUCUAAAGUGCCAUUUAUUUUGAGCAGUCAAAGGCUCAUUUCUAUUAAUUUAUCAUUUAAGUGCGGAUAUAUUAGUCGCGUAUUUUAUCAUGAAUCGCGAUAAAGUGUGCGUCAAAUCCUCAUGUUUGUCGAGAGCGAUAAAUGAUAAAAAUGCGACCAUAUUAGCUGGAAAGGAUUUUUAAAAUGAGGUCCAUGCUUUUUUGACUUGAGAAUGAAAAGACUUAGAUUGAAAUGAGACUUCCAUUCUCGAUUCACACCAAAGCAUAGCAUAUUGCAUAUUGGUCUCAUCCUUAGAAUAAAAUUCUUAACUUAUUUUUAAACUAAAUUAGAUGGUAAGAAGCUUCCUGUUUCUACAAAAUGUAUCUAAUUUGUUACAUUUGUAAAUUCAAAUUUUGACAAAUUCUGGUUUGUCGUUAUGAUUAAGAUUUAAAUAAAUUAAAAAUUGAUAAAGCGGUAACUUAAUUAGUUCCAAAAUCCACAGCAACAAAAUUAUGUUUUAAUUCGUCGUAUGAAUAAAUUGUUUUUUAAUGGAUACUUUUAUAAUGUACAGUUUUCUGACUAUGUACAUAUAUAUGUUAUUUCAUUAUAUUGUUGGAGCCAAACAAAGGCUUGUGUCGUAGGUAGCAUGACAUUUCACAUGCCAAGUAUGAUAAGUGUAGUUGUGCUUUUAGUUUAGUGAAAUGUUACCUUUUAACCUACCUUAGAAAACGUACUUAGGAGCACUGUGAUAGCUGAAGGAGAGAUUAUAUUCGGAAUAAAUCUUGAAUUUAUUUAUCAUGUUGGUAGUAUGUCUAAGUUAUCAAUUGUAGCGAGUUAAAAUUCUGUAAAUUUGAGAAGAGAAAUUAUUUCCAAAGUAUACCUUUUUACGGUUGGCUCUCUACUCAAAGUAAAAAAAACAGGUGGUUAAAUAUAUCUGUAAUUUGGUGACAAUGAUUGUUCCGAAUAUAAUUAUUUUUAUUUAAUACCACUUAAGUUCAAGUACCUACUAGUACAAUUUGUUGUUUUAUUAAUAAUAUAUUUUAUAUUUACGUAAUUAUUGUUUAAUAUUUUAAUGUAAUGUAAAAUAUUUUUGUAAUAAAAGAUAUAACAAUAA